CCUAGUCCCACUAUGGGUUUUCUUAUGCAGCUCAGGGUUUUUCUUCAUUGCCUUGAGCCAGAAGUAGAACUAUACCAGUGUAGGAAGAAACAUCCUUCUGGGUUCUGCUCCAAGUGGGGAAAAAGACACUGGAAACAUGGAGACUGCUUGGAAAGAUGGUUUAAUGGUGGACAGGAUCACAUGGCUUGAGUUCCUGAACAGAAAAGGGCAGAUACAGUAAAUCCUCGGGUUUUUAUGCUCUCUCUCCCCAUUUCCUGGGGCCCCGAAACAGUAUUCUGAUUGGUUGUCAGACUCCCAGGGGUGGGGGUCUUAGCUAGCCUUGCUGGCUGAUGGUCACAUGUGCUUCCCAGGUCACAUGCUUCCCAGGUCACAUGUGGUGAGUUUCUGCUGCUAUUGUGUAGAGGACUAAUCCUAUCUUUGUUGGAUCUUUGGCAAUUCCUACUAUGGCUCUGCCUGAAGGAGGUAGAUCUUUGUUGUGUAGAAUAGACUGGACCAGGCCUUAAUGGCCCAUUGACAAAGGGUGGGGGCAGGAAGAUGGGAACUGCUUCAAAACAUGCUUAUCCAUUUCACAUCCAGGGAAAUAUAAUAUUCAGCCUUUUUUAAUAUUUCCUAAAAAUAUUUCAUUCCUCUAGGAAAGGGGUGGGUGCUAACUUCCUACACCAGUAUAAAUGAAGUUUCUCUAGAGGCCUGCUUUGCCUUGACCAUCUGGAUCAUAACACACUGAAGAGGUGAUGGAUAGUUCUUGAACAAGCAGAAUUUGAAUUAAUUAAUCACUCCAUUUGUACUGGACAAACAUCUUUGCAAUACAUGAUUGAGCUAAUUGUUUCUACACUAAUAGACCAUCUUAGCGUGUAGAAAAUUCAGCCAUAUGGCAAGCUACCCCUUCGAGCAACAUCUGACAGUGCAAGAGCAGAUCUUGUAAUGCCAGAAGGGGAAGUGGUGCCAGCUGGAGGGCAGGCGACAAUACCUUUAAACAUAGGAAUCACAGUUCCCCAUGGUAUUUAUGGGUGCAUUGCUCUUAGAUCUCGUUUAGCCCUUAAAGGAAUAUAAGUGUUAGGAGGGUGGUAGGUGCUAAUUAUCAAGGAGCAGUAAAGAUCCCGUUGCACAAUAUUAGUAUAUGCAGGAUGUAGUCCUUCGAGGAGGACACUGUAGAGCUCAGCUAAUUUGUGAUUCUUCAUCACUAAAAUUACAACAUGGUUUAUAACAGGGGUCUCCAACCUCUGGUCCGUGGACCGGCACUGGGUUGCGGCAUGCCAGCAACUGAGCCGCAAAAAACUAAUGAAGCCCCAUCCGCAGGAUGCAGGCAGCACAAGAAAAACCUCUCUCCAUGGAACAGAUCCCUGGUGUCCAAAGGUUGGCGGCCGCUGGAUUAUAACAUCCAAAAUCAGUCUGAAGAAAUAAUUUUAUCAAAACUCCAACAGGCUUUGUUGUGUUCGGUUAGCAGAGGCCUUGAGUUGCCCCAUACAUUGGUGGUAUCUAACAAUGUAACAAUGUAAUUUGCAGAAUCAUUAGUAAACACUUUGGAAUCGGAGGCUGCUGUAUUAUUUUCAACUGCACACAGACGUUUGACCUGCUGGAUUUCACAGCUGCCUGUAAAUGACAAGCCUAGGACUCAGCAUGUGUGCAGAAUCAUUUUAAAAAGACCCGGCUAUGAAUUCUGAUAUGUCUGGAUCUGCUCUGGGCAUGCCUGGCACAAACAUGAACCAUAGCUUUGCAUGUAUCCAUAAGCCUAACCGUGCUUGUCCGAACAUUAGCAGUUCCUGCUUGUCCUUGGAAGGGGCGGAGUAAAAUUUUAUAAAGAAGUGGGGAGGGGGGAGAGGAGAGAGAAUGAAGAAAGCAAAGAAAAAUCUUCUGUGGGUUGUUUAUUUGGAGAGCUGAACGGAGAAACUGCCAGAACACAUGUAGCAAACUGGAUCAUAGAAGGAAAAAACUUUCUAAAGUUUUGUUGUUGUUGUUGUUCAGCUCCCCCCCUCCCCUUCCGUUUAAGCUAAAUCCCUGGAAGAUUCUUUUCUUCUCCUCUUCAGCCUGCCAGUCGCUCAUCAAGCCCUGUUAUUAUGGAAAAAGCAGAACAUGCAGCAUUAUUCAACUAUAAAGGGUAUAAUUUAGCAAAAGAAUUCAUGAAACUUGAUCUCGUUGAAGCAGUAGAAGAUUUUGAAACCAGGGACAGUGAUAUAUUCAUAGACACUUAUCCAAAGUCUGGAACUAUCUGGACCCAGAAUAUUGUAUGCUUGAUUUUGUACGAAGGCCAUCGGAAUGGAACAGAAAAUAUUUCCAUAUCACAUCGGUGUGCAUCCAUAGAAAACAACUUACACAAUGUGGAUAUCACCCAGAUGCCAUCACCUCGUGUCCUCAUGUCCCAUCUGCCAUAUUACCUAGUUCCCAAGAAACUGAGGGCCAAAAAAGGAAAAGUUAUUUACGUAUACCGAAAUCCAAAAGACACUUUAGUGUCCCUUUUUCAUUAUAUCAACUCAUUCAGGGCAGUGGAAAAUUCAUAUAAUUUGGAAGAAUACAUGGAAAGAUUUUUAUCUGGAAACGUUUUUGGCAGUUUGGUCUUCGAUCAUGUGAAAGGCUGGUAUACACAUCAGAAUGAAUUCAAUAUUCUCUUCCUGUGCUAUGAGGAAAUGAUCCAGGAUCUCAGAGGCACGGUACUUAAAAUAUGCAAAUUUAUUGGAAAAGAGCUGAGCAGCCAGGAAGUGGACAAAGUUGUAGAGAUGUCUACAUUCAAGAACAUGAAAGCUGAUCCUAGGGCAAAUUAUGUGAAAACAUAUGAACAGUGUUUUGGACAAAAAAGUGUAAAGCAUAUACGCAAAGGAACUGUUGGAGACUGGAAGAAUAUUAUGACAGUAUCACAAAGUGAAAGUUUUGACAAUAUUUUUCAAGCACAAAUGAAGGAUAUACCUCUCAAAUUCAUUUGGGAUAUAAAAGAAAUACAAUCUACUCAGCAUGGGAAGCUGCAGGAACCUCUCCAGGAGGACAAAGAGCAGAAAUGUUCAUCACAACCAUAAAAUGUAUAUGUACAAUAGUUUAAACUAUCACAAUACACCUAUGUAUUUUCUGUAUGUACUUAUGUGUAUUGUGUGCAUAACUGCUUUCUUCUCAAAGUUGUUUCCUGCUUUCCUGUAACCUUAAAAAAACAUGGCUUUCGGUAACCCCAUCUUUUUCUUUUUCAAAAUAUUGAAAACAUCCUAUAAUUUAUCACCACAAAUGGGUCAAGAUAUACCAGAAUGAUUUCAUAAAUAUUUUUCAAUAGAAACAAAUGCUUUGGAGGCUGGGAGAAAUGUCUUUUGUAAUGAGUAGAGAAUAAAGAUAUGCUAAUCAA